AUGCCAACUGAGACCCCCCAGGGACUGGUGAACUUUCCAGUGACAAAGCUUUGUGCGUUGCUCACGCUGGGAAUACCGAUACUUGCCUCAGUCGCGGGCGUCAAACAUUGGUUUCUGCUCUAUGACGAACCUUUCAUUUCUGAAGACAAGCAGUACUAUCGUUAUCUCUCCUUUCAAAUUGCAGCGGUGAACGAAACAGAUGUUGCUCUUAUCACAUUCAUAUGGUAUCAAUUAAGACAUCUAGAGCGACUUUUUGGGAGCAGGAAGUACCUGAGCGUGAUUUCGCUCUCAUGGGUGUACACCUCGAUGAUCGUAAUAACGACCGUAUGGCUGUUCAAUCUGAACCCUAUUGUCAAGUGGAAUCGCUUCACAAGCGGAGCACUACCACUAAUUUUAUCGCUUUUCCACUUCUACAAAGAAUACACGCCCCAGAUAUACCAAUUCGAUGUCAAGCUAAUAAAGCCGUUUGGGGCGCGCUCCAAACAGCUCAAAUGGUCUUUCAAUGAUCAGUUUGUGAUUAACGCGCUGAUAGCACUUCUCUUGUUGAAUCAAGGUUCAGUCGGUAUUGCAACUGGAUUUGUCAGCUGGUUAUGUGGUAUCUUCAUCGAUAAGGGACUGCUACCUGGUUUUGAGUUCUUUAGGUUACCUCUUUUCAAGCAAACGCUUGGCUCGGAACCCAGGCGCACAGCUACAGUGAACUCGUCUAGAACAGCUGCUCCUAGCGUACAAGAACAGGAAUCGAUGGCCGCGGAUGGCGAAGCAGAUGAGGAACAAGGUGACGAGCCAGCGCGUCCACUCGGGGUUCAGUUUUUGGAUACUUUUCGGAUGUAA